GUGUUAUAGCGACCUUGGGCCGAUUGGUGGCGGCAGCGGCAGCGGCCGGGUAGUGGUGGCGACAUGGCCACGGUGGAGUUGCCGACGCUGCAGGAGCUCAACGUGCAGGAAGUGAACGUGUCUUCGGCCGUGCUGAAGGCGUCGGCCCACCACUACGGCUCGCAGUGCGACAAACCCAACAAAGAGUUCAUGCUAUGCCGCUGGGAGGAGAAGGACCCGCGCCGCUGUUUGCAGGAGGGCCGCAAGGUCAACGAGUGCGCGCUCGAGUUCUUCAGGAAGAUAAAGAGCCAUUGUGCUGAACCCUUCACGGAGUACUGGACCUGCAUCGAUUAUACCAAUCUGCAAGAGUUUCGGCAUUGUCGCAAGCAGCAAGAGGCAUUUGAUAACUGUGUGCUAGAAAAACUGGGCUGGGUUCGUCCUGAUCUUGGGGAGCUAUCUAAGGUUACCAAGGUGCAGACAGACCGGCCAGUUCCUGAGAAUGUCUACCACUCCAGGCCAAGGCCAGAUCCUAACCCGGUCCCUGAGGGAGAGUUGCAGCCCGCCAAAUAUGGCAGCAGGUUGUUCUUCUGGAACUCGUGAAGGAUGAAGCUGCCCCGGAAUGAGAAUAUUUAGUUGUGUUCAUCUUCAGUAAUACCAUGAGCCAGUUGAACCAUGGACUUUUGGUGCAGAAAAAUGUCAUUAACAAUAAAAAAAAAAGUAAUUUAACCAUG